UUCAGUUCCCCCACCCAGUCCGUUCGUCGUCUGUUGCAGGGCGGCAUGGAGUCGGUCGAUCAAUGCGCCGCCAUCGACGACGACGGUGGCGCCAGAGGCUUAGGAGAUGGAGACGCAGUCGGCGGCGGUGGCGGUAAUCAUCCUGAUGCCGUCGAUGUGGUUGGUUCCGAAGGGAAGUGUGCGCCCGAUGGAGGCAGUGGCAGCGGCACGGCGGGGAUAGUAGGUGGUGAGCCCGUCGUCGGCACUGGCAUAGAUGCUGGUGUGGCCGAUUUGCUUCCUCGCCGUCGAUUUCCCUGGGACAAAGCGCCUUUAUAUGGUGAUGAUUCCGAACAAUUUAGUGUGGAAAUUCACCAUAAUGGAUGGUUCUGUGGUGUUGGCAUUAAUCGUAGCUACAUGGAGGAACAAGUUGACACAUUUGAUGGCUGCCAUAGGAAAACUUUCUGAUGUGCUUUACUGGACUAGAUGGUUAAACAUCUGGGAUAUGCAAUACCAAAAACAGGUUUUGCAAUGUAUUGGUGCAUCCCUGGAAAAAGUAUAGAUGAUGGUUUGCAAGUAGUUAGUUUGGAAACUCAUGCUAGGGCUAUGGUAGCAGCAAGUCAACAGAACAAAGUACUAAUUGUGUUCAUUGAUCACAACAAUAUGCUGGAGAAGCAGUUGUGGGAUGAUGUUCUGUUGCAAAAAGUUGAGCUACCUACAGUUAUCAGUCCAGUGAAGACAAGUUAUGUGCAUGAGCAGAGGGGUGGGCCAUCAGCACCAACUUAUGGUGAGCACCUGUUCAGCAUGUAUCGUGGUCCUCAUGUAGAAGAUGCAGGUGAGAAGGAAGCUCGCAUUAGGAGAAAUAUUUUCCCCAAUACUUGCAAUGCUGAUGCUGUCAUGGGAAGGAAGGGGCAAGAAAAGGUAGAUUGUGCUGGUGCUAAUGAGCAGUUUUAUGAAGCUGGUGCCGAUGAGGAAUACUAUGCAGGAGAAGAUUCCAGUGAGGAGGAGGAAUAUUAUGGUGGAACAGAUACUAGCUCUGACUCGGAUUUUGCAGAUUCAGACUAUGACUUUGAGGAUGGAGAUGAUGCACUAUAUGAUACAAAUGUGGACAAAGAUUUGAAGGAUGAGCUUGUAGCUGAAAAGAGGAAAGGGAAAAAGGUGUCAGAAGAAUUAGAAGAGGAAGAUGUGGUAGAUAUGGAUGAGUUGAAGUUGCCAGAGUCAGAAUCAACACUCAAGUUCAACUUCAAGACAUCCAACCCAAUGACAGACAUGGAGAACCCCACUUUCAAACUUGGGAUGACAUUUUCAAACCCAGCAGAAUUGAGAAAGGCAUUAGCAAAUUACAUUGUGAAGAACAGAGUGAAAGUUAGGAAAACAAGGGACAAUGCAAAAAGGUUAGAAGCCAUAUGUGUUGAGGACUGCCGCUGGAAAAUGAUUGUUGUUAAAGACUCAAGAAGUGGUUGCUUUCUCAUUAAAACACUAGUGGAUGUGCACACUUGUGAAAAGGUUUGGGAUAUGAAAGAAAUGACAGCUACUUUGCUAGCACAAAAAUUUCAUCAGGAUUUCAGAGAUGACCCUCACAUGAGUCUGCUGGCUUUUUCCAACAAGGUUGAGACAAAGUACAACAUGAAGGUGGCCAGGUUCAAAUUGUCAAGGGCAAGAUUAAUUUGUUUGAAAAAAAUAGAGGAGAUGAGGAGGCACAAUAUGGAAAAGUAUGGGACUAUGGUCACGAGCUGAUGAGAGCAAACCCAGGCACAGCAUUCUUUCUGAAAAGGAUGGGUCAAACAUUUAGUAACUUGUAUUUUUGCUUGGCUGCUUGCAAAAAAGGUUGCUUAAGAGCAUGUAGGCCCGUUAUCUGCCUUGAUGGAACCCACAUUAGAACUAAAUAUGGUGGCCAAAUUCUGACAGCAAUAGGAAUAGAUCCAAAUGACUGUAUCUAUCCUAUUGAUAUUGCAAUUGUGGAGGUGAAGUGCUACAGCAGCUGGUUGUGGUUCUUAACAACAUUGAAAAUUGAUUUGAACAUCAUAAAUACAUUCCCUUACUGCAUUAUGAGUGACAAACAAAAGGGGCUAAUAGGAGCAGUUAAUGAAGCAUUUCUAGAUUCUGAACAUAGAUAUUGUGUCAGACAUUUGUACCAGAACAUGAACCAGCUACACAAGGGAGAAGUGGUGAAAAAUCACUUAUGGAAGUGUGCAAGGUCAAGCAAUCAAACAAAAUGGAGGGCCAACAUGGAUGCAUUCAAGGUUGAUUGUCCAGAUGCUUAUGCAUGGUUAGAAGAAAAGCCUCCCAAUGAAUGGUGUAGAGCAUUUUUCAAUGACUUUGUGAAGUGUGAUGUUCUGACAAACAAUAGUUGUGAAGUAUUUAACAGGUGGAUAUUAGAGGCCAGGGAAUUGCCUAUUCUGUCCAUGUUAGAGCACAUAGCUUGUAAAAUUGGCAACAGAUAUUACAACAAGCAAAGAGAGGCCACAGAGUAGUGGGCAGGACAGAUAUGUCCUAAAAUUAGGAAAAAAAUAGAGAAAAACACUGAAUUUACUGCUAACUGUCGUGCAGAAGGAUAUGGUAGAGCAACAUUCUCUGUUAAAAGCAUUGAAAUGACAUACAUAGUGGAGCUGAACCUACUAGCUUGCUCGUGUCAAAGAUGGCAGCUAACUGGUAUUCCAUGUAGCCACUCCAUAGCAUGCUUGAGAUCUGAGAGGAUUAAACCCGAGCAGAUGGUUAACAACUGUUAUUCACUAAAUUCCUAUAUGCAAGCAUAUGGUGCAAAUAUCAUGCCCCUGAGAGACCAGACAGAGUGGCAGCAAGUAAAUGGGCCAACAGUUUUGCCUCCAUCUUAUGAGAAGAAAGUAGGCAGACCACCUAAAAGCAGAAGAAAGGCUCCUGAGGAAAAAGCAGAUGGGACAAAAUUGAGCAAGCAUGGAGUGACAAUACAUUGUGGUUACUGUAGACGCCCUAACCAUAACAGGAUUGGGUGUCCUAGACUGAAAGCCAUUACACAGGCUAAAGCAGUAGCUCAGAGGCAUGCACAGGAACAACCUCAAGUUGAUGAACAAGAACAAGCUGAGGGUGCUGCACAAGAACAUGCUCAAGGGGAUGAAACACAACCAGCAGCAAGACGAAGGAGGAAAAGGAGGAGAACAGUGCAUGAGCAAGUGGACAUGUCAUCUCUUAAUAUUAAUAGAGGGCCCACAACAGUAGAUGAAAAUGGAGAUGCAGACAUACCAGAAAUACUUCAGCAUAUUGAAGAGGUUCAACUGGAUCCUAGGCUAGAUCCAUUGAAUGUCAGAUCAAGUAUGGUUUCACAGCUAGGGCAACAGGCACCAACUUUUCAGAUAGAAGAAGACACUCCUAUCCCAACAAAGUGUGCAUUUGUUGCUGCUAACAGAUCUUCCAUACCUGCAGCUAGGGUCACAACUGUAACAACAGAAGGUGCUGUUGCAUUAAGAGGUAGGGGGAGAAAUAGAUCUGGGGGGAGGAGAGUUGCUGCUACAGCAGCUGCUGUUGUAAAUGUUGCUGCUAUUUAUGCUAGCACUAGCACAACUAGAGGAAGAGGAGCUGGAGCAAGAGGGAGAGGCAGAGGGGCUGGAGCAAGAGGGAGAGGAGCUGGAGCCAGAGGGAUAGGAGCUGCAGCAAGAGGCUGGGAAAAUUUGUUGUUUGGUCCUACUGAAAUGAACACCACUCAAAGUGCACCAUUUGACAUGUCACAGGAGUAAAUCAUGUUAGGUGUAUGAUCUUUUGUGCCCUGAGUUUGUGUGAUACAUGAAAUUCUAACUUAUGCUCACACAUAUUUUGUCAUGGCUGUGAUACUAAAGAACAUCUAGUAUUUGUAGUUGA